AUGGAAGACGACUUCUCAGUCGACUCCUUGCCCGGAACUCCGGCAUCAGAUAUCCCAGUGCUUACCGUCUCUCCGGCGGACACGUCGUUGCAAGAUCCGAGUGAGAAGACAGCGGAGGUGAAGACGGAGGAUAAGAAACCUGCUAAGAAGAGGAAGUCAUGGGGUCAGGAGCUACCAGUUCCCAAAACCAACUUGCCUCCUAGGAAACGAGCAAAGACGGAAGACGAAAAAGAACAGCGCCGUAUUGAACGGGUUCUUCGAAACCGCGCUGCCGCCCAGACUUCCCGUGAGCGGAAGAGGCUCGAAAUGGAGAAGUUGGAAAAUGAAAAGAUCCAAAUGGAACAACAGAACCAAUUUCUUAUGCAGCGCUUAUCUCAAAUGGAGGCUGAAAACAACCUAUUGAGUCAACAGGUUGCCCAGUUGGCUGCUGAAGUCCGAAGCUCUCGCGGUACCACACCGAAGGCCGGCUCUCCUGUUACCGAGUCUCCAACUCUUACUCCAACAUUGUUCAAACGUGAACAUGAAGAACUUCCUCUCGAGAGGAUUCCAUUCCCUACUCCAUCUUUAACAGACUACUCCCCUACCCUGAAGCCUUCUACUCUGGCUGAGUCCCCCGAUGUGGCACAACAUCCUGCAGUGGUGUUGUGUGACCUGCAGUGUCCGUCGGUGGACUCGAAGGAGAAGGAAGCGCUCUCCCGCUGUUUGACCUCGGCUCAAGCGUUCGAAAUCACGCUGCAGAUGAUGUUGCAGCUCCUCUUUCUGACGAUGACUUCCACCGCCUAUUCCACUGUGAUUCUUCCGCUGAGCCAGAUUCUUCAGUCCUUGAAGAUGGGUUCGCCUUUGACAUUCUCGAAGGAGGAGAUCUAUCGGCAUUUCCAUUUGAUUCUAUGGUUAAUUUCGACUCCGAGCCUGUCGGUCUCGAAAGCAGCGAGCCGUCCACACUUUCGGAUGAGGCUUCUCGCCAGACUUCUAGCAUGCAAUCCAGCCUUGGCGCGUCCACUUCGCGAUGCGACGGGCAGAGCAUUGCAGCUAGCUGUUAGCGAUAGCUUGUCCCAGGUGUCUGUAUCGCCUCGAGAAGUCGGGACGACGCAAACCAAUUUUGAGUGGUUUGAAAUCAGUGCAAAAUGGUCAGCGCUUGAGUAUCGUAAAGCCAACAAGGAGGAGUACACGGAGUUCUAG